ACAGAAGAUGAACCAACGAAAAUCUUAAGAAGUGAUUCGUACAAAGAUAAAAAGGCACAAACACCGGUCAGCAUGAUAAGGACAGAAUCAACAUCGAAACCAGCAGAAAGUAAAACGACCGAAAUUCUAUCAAGUGAUUCGUCCAAAGUUGAAAAGCCAUCGAAUCUCAGUUUAAUAGACGAACAACAAUCAACAUCGAAACCAGCAGAUGAUCGAAGCACAAUAAUUCCAUCAAGUGGUUCGCAUCAAGUUAAAAAACCAGAUUCAACAGUCAGCAGUGUAAGCGAUCGACAAUCAACACCGAAACCAGCAGAUGAUCGAAGCACAAAAAUUCCAUCAAGUGAUUCGCAUCAAGUUAAAAAACCAGAUUCAACAGUCAGCAGUGUAAGCGAUCAACAAUCAACACCGAAACCAGCAGAUGAUCGAAGCACAAAAAUUGUAUCUAGUGAUUCGCAUCAAGUUAAAAAACCAAAAACAACAAUCAGCGAAACUACAUCUGUAAAUGAAGAUAUCAGUGGCCAAGAAGAGAAAAAAUCAAUUAUGAAAUCGUUAAAUGAUUUGAAAGAUCAAGACAAUAAACCUUCAUCUGUACCAUUGAAACAAAGAAAAAAAUCGUUGAGCAAAUUAGCAAAUUUUCCAACCACCACAACCGAAACAUCUGAACCAGAAAUCGAAAUACCAAAAUAUUCGGAAAUAGCAAAAAAAGCAUACGAAGAAGGAAUUAAAUAUCCAUUUAAUGAUCUGAUGGAUGAACAUUUAGAUUGUGUAAAUAAAUGGAAACUUAAAGAGGCAGAAUAUAAAUACAGGUUGAAUGAAUUGGAACCACUAGCAAAAAAAAAUUCAGAGAAAAAUCAACAGUAUCAAACACUCAAAAAAGAAUAUGAAAAAAAUAAAAGUGAACAUAAGAACAAAAUAAAAAAAUUAAAUGAACAAUUAGCUAUUGAAAAAAAAUUAAUGACAAAAGAUAUAAAGGAUAAAGAUAAAAGAAUUGAUGAACAAAUUGAUCGGUUUGGAAAGGAAAAGGAAAGAAAAGAAAUAUCGAAUGAAAUUAUAUUUGAUUAUAAAAAACCUGGUAUUAGAGGAAAGCUUAAGGGUAUCAUCAAACCGAUACAAAAAAAAAAAGAUGAAUCGGUCAACUUUCCAUUGGAUUAUCGUGUUGAACCAAUAUUAACAGAAGAUGAAUUGCACAUUCUAAAUCAAGGAAUCAAACCUGAAAAUUCAGAAUACAGAACUUCGGUACUUCAAAAAAUGUUGGAACUUCAGAGUGCAGCUGCAAAGGAUAAAUCCAAAACGAAAGAGGCAGUACUAUUUAGAGACGAUCAUGUCAAACCUUUAUACAAAGAAAUGUUGGAGGGAGAUUAUAUUUUUGAUGAAAGGGAAAUUAAACCAGUCCUGAUUGAUGAUAAUUAUGAUCAGGACAGAAAUUAUUUACAUCAAAUGAUUGAUACUUCGCAAUCAGAACAUAAAGAUUAUCGAGUUUAUAUACUUAACGAAAUUGAAGAAAUCGAGCGAUCUAUACCUCUUACGGAAAGCGACCGUAAUGUUUUAAAAGAAUUCAUUAAAAUAUUUAAAAAGAGAUUAUCUUUUGAAGGGGAAAAGCCUGAAUAUCCUUUAUCUAAAUUUAGGCGUAAAUAUGUGCCUGGUCCAAAUCCAACUAUAAGUGAGGAACAAGAAGAUUUUCUGUACUUUGAAUCUAUGAUUAAACCAAGAAUGUACAAUAGACCAGUCGAUUAUUAUGUUUGGUAUUUCAAAGAACUUUUUACAACUAAAGGAAAAUAUUUUUAUGAUCCUACACAUCGUCGGUUUGCUACGAUAGAUAAAAAUAAUAAUAAUUUGUUAUUAGAAAAUUUACUUUCGGAAGCAAUAUCUCAUUCAGCAGCAGCACGCAAUAGAAAAGGAGGAUCAAUUUCAAGCCAAUUACCAACCGUAGCGAUGAAUAUUGCAGAAAAUACGGACGUGACAUCCAAUCAACAACAAUUAAAGUAUGGUGAUCAACCAAAAUCAUCAUCAUCAUUAUCUUCAACACAAUCAUCCAAUACGGAUUCGUUGAUAAAACGUGUGCAAAGAUCAAUGAAUCAAGCAUUUUUACAAACAGCAACACAGAUGCCUGAACAUCCAUUUACUGAUUAUAGCCAACAAUUUUAA